CGCCCUGUUCAAAAAUGGCUUCCUACGUUACGGGCAAUGAAGGAAUGAGCGCGACUGUCGAGUUAUCGGCGCUAAAAUGACUCUUCCAGGGAGAUAAAAUCUCAGCCUCCAAGGCAUGAGGCCUCGCUGUUAGAGUUCGUCUUAUACUGCGGCUUGGACCACAUCUCAUUCAAUUUCGGCUCUUUGGACCGGAAGGCCGCAGCCGCGUCGCUUCGUGCGUGGUGACUCCAUGCUGUAGCGUGACGUUCGGAGGAGAGUUUCCCAGCCGCGCUCACGCGUGGUUGCCGUGGUAACGCUUCACCGAGCCUGGCCUAGGAUGGCUGCGGCGGCCGGGGCAGCGGUGGCCGCGGCGACAGCCGAGCCGGGCGACGGGCCGCUCCUGCCAGGCCCUCCCGUCGGGAGACGGGCCGUCUGCUCCCGACCCUACUUCGUCGUGCUGAUGGUGUUCGCGCAUCUCUACGUGAUCAACGUUCUGGGCUUGCUGCUUUUCGUGCACAUCAGCUCCGACGAUGGGGGGGACCCGGAGCCCAGGAAAGAGCCUCCUGGCCCCGUCCAGGAGGCGCCCGUACUGCCCGUUUCUUCAGGCAACUUGGACCCUCAGGCUCUGCCUCGCCUGCAGGGCAUUAAGGUGGGCCAUAAACAGAAGUUGCAACUGGUUCCUAACAAAAUCCAUGUUAUGAAAACUCUCAGCUUGAAACCACUUCUUUUUGAAAUCCCAGAUUUCCUGAAUGAAGAUGAAUGUAAAUUAAUUAUACAUUUGGCUCAGCUGAAAGGCCUACAGAAAAGCCAGAUUUUGCCCACAGAAGAUUACGAAGAAGCCAUGGAAAUGAUAGAUAUCAGCCAGAUGGAUAUCUUUAAUCUGCUAGAUCACAACCAGGAUGGACAACUGCAACUUAAGGAGGUGCUGACACAUACCCGCCUGGGAAAUGGUAGGUGGAUGACACCUGAGAGCCUCCGGGAGAUGUAUGCUGCAGUCAAAGCAGACCCCGAUGGGAAUGGUGUUCUGAGUUUGGAAGAAUUUAAACAAUUGAACAUUCGAGACUUUCACAAGUACAUGGGUAGUCGAAAAGUGAAAAUGAGCGAUCUGGUGAGGAACAGCCAACAUACAUGGUUGUACCAAGGUGAGGGGGCACAUCAGGUCAUGCGCUCCAUACGGCAAAGGGUAAUUAACUUAACCCAUCUGUCGCCAGAGAUUGUGGAGCACAGCGAACCGAUGCAGGUCGUCCGCUAUGACCAGGGAGGACAUUACCAUGCUCAUAUGGAUAGUGGACCAGUGUUUCCUGAAACAGCCUGUAGUCACACAAAACUGAUUGCCAACGAAAGCGCUCCCUUUGAGACAUCUUGCCGCUAUGCGACAGUACUGUUCUACUUAAAUAAUGUGACGGGAGGAGGCGAAACUACUUUUCCUAUUGCAGAUAACAGGACUUACGAAGAGUUGUCUCUAAUCCAGAAUGAUGUUGACCUACGUGAUACUCGAAAGCAUUGUGACAAGGGAAAUCUACGUGUAAAACCUCUGCAAGGCACUGCCAUUUUCUGGUAUAAUUACCUGCCCGAUGGGGAAGGCUGGGUUGGCGAUGUUGAUGAAUAUUCCUUACAUGGAGGCUGUUUGGUUACUGAAGGAACCAAGUGGAUUGCCAACAAUUGGAUUAACGUUGAUCCCAAUAAAAGGCGACAGCUCCAGUUCCAGGAGGAAAUGGCUCGAUACAUCAACAGUGAAAACGAGGACCAAAGCGAAUGGACUGUGGACAAAUCCUACAGCAAUGUGCAUGUAGAGCUGUAAUGUUUGGAGAUGCCUCUUGGCUGAGUUGGAAGCACCUUUUUUUGCACUAGCAUUUUCAGCUCUUCUAUUCUCCCACAUUUCCCAACUAUUAUGUUUCUUCAGAGAAUGUAGGGUUGCCUAUCUAGGUGGAUUGGGGAAAGGAGAAGCAGGGCCCUUAAGGCAGUCUGAGGGAAAAGGGAUUAUUUGGAGAGAAGGGACAACGGCUGAGGGCAUCUUUUGAUUUAACGGCUGGCUUUGCCGAAGGAGAUUCCGAGUCUGUCCGUGAAUCUUCCCUGUGACAUAUGCAAUCUACCUUCGAAGUUCCUUAUCAUCCUGACUUGUUGUGUUGAAUACAUUUUCCUUUUGGCUGGUUUUGUAACUGUAA